AUGUACCAUAGAGCAGCGAGACUGGGUAACACAAGCUCACAGAUAAAUCUUGCAGAAAUGUAUCGUCUUGGAGUUGAAGGAGUCGUGAGCGAAGACCUCAAGGAAUCUUUUAAAUGGCUUAAAAAAGCGGCUGAUGAAGAUUUAUCUGAAAGUGAAGUUAGAACAGAUUUGUUCGGUAACACGUUAAGACGAAUGCAAAACGCUAUUGGCGGUGAAAAACAAACGGCUCUGAAACUUUUGUACCUCAACUACGUCGCUGGUGAUUGUCCGGAAGGUCAACCACAACCAACUAAAGCUGUUUAUUAUUUGACCAGAGCGGCUGAACAGGGUGAUACCGAGGCACAGGUUAUCCUCGGAGAGAUCUACUUCACUGGAGGUUGCGAGCAGUUGAUAGAUUUGCCAAGAGCGAGAAGAUGGCUCAAUAAAGCAUCUGAGAAGGGCGAUUUAAGCGCGAAAGAGGUGAAUUAUUUAACAGUCAAUGAAUGAGGCUGUGUAUCUUAUGAAGAAUUAUGGAGAUCGAGGAGGGUGUUAUGGAUAACACCCUCCGAGAUCUCCAUAAUUCUUCAAAUGUUUUAUUAUUCAUUAUUUAUUCCUAGUUUAAAAACAUGGCUAAAACAUGCUGCCUCCAUCGAUCCAUCGAUGAUAAGUUCAUCUUUGAUAGUGCACGUUUAGGGUUGUUCAGCUCCACAAAUAUUCUCCAAAUAGCAGACGUCGCCCUUUGAGUUGUCCUCUUGCUGUUCGUGUCAUGUCUUUAGCUAUUUUUCGCCUAGUUCUUACUCUUGAAAUGAGUGAAAUGUCCGCCAUUUUUCAAGUUCACAACCAAGACAACUCAACCUGGUCCCCAGGUCUUCUCGGUUAACGGUGUAUUAACCUGCAAGAACGCUGCAUUUUUGACGUCAUUUCCUCGCUAAAAACAAAAUUCUUCCAAAUUUGGUCAUCAGUGACUGGUUAUGGUGAAUUAAAUGUGUGCUUUUAGCCAAUCAGAAUCAGGGAAAUAUUUUGAAUGAAUAAUACCGUAAAAUUCCGAAAAUAAGCCCCUCCAUGUAUAAGCCCCUCCAAAUAAUUAUAAGCCCCCCAAACUCGUAAUACAAAAAAACCCUCCAUUAAAUUGCCCCUCCAAAAUCCCCUCGGGUGGCUUGUACUCGGAAAUUGCCCUCAAAUACAAAGUAAAACAAGGCAAAUACGGAAAAUUUCCUUCCAUUAUUUAUAAGGCAAGCCAAAUUGAUUUUUAAACACAAAUUUCCUUCCGUAGAUAAGCCCCUCCUAAUAUAAGCCCCUCAAAAAAAAUAUAAGCCCCAGGGCUUAUUUUCAGAUUUUUACGGUAAUUGCUCUUAUUUCAUCAAUCCUUUGUUCACAAGACUUGCUAUCUUUUACGAUACGAUACGAUACUUUAUUUAAUACAGAUAUUACUCUUAGCUAUUGGCUAGUUUACAGGUUUCCACAGCCCUAAUUAUAUUCCAAAUAUUUAAAAUUUAAAAUUCCCCCCAAAAAAUUAUAUUAUAAAAAUUUAAAAUUCAAAGCUAAAAAUAUACAAUAAUUCAUCAUCUGAAAACUGUAAAAGCUAAGAAUUGAUUUCCUUCAAUAAGGUUAUGCAGUGCACGGGUAUUCUAAACUCUGACUAAAUCUUACUUUUGCUGCUCUAAAGUCUAAAGCUUUUCCAGUGUUUCAUGCAGAUCAAGUUAUUAUCAGGUUUCCCUGCGGUCAAGGUCAACCUUGCAGAAUGUGGAAAGUACAGCAAUGUGAUUGGUUAAGCUUAGAAAAGCAGUGUGCAAAGAAAGUCACAUCCAAUAGCCUGUAGCUAGUGGAUUUUGCUAUUGGGGUAGUAAAUUCUGUUCUUAACUUGCCCGACUGGCAAGUUAAAUUUUUGGGGAAUUCAAAUUACAGCUGAAGAACUGUUAUCAAUCCUGCUCAUCAAAUUAUUUUUCACUCUAGUUAAAAUGAUUCUUGGGCUAGUACAUGCUAACUACAGCUUGCCCAAAUGGCAAGCUGUAAGACUGACUGACUUUGCAUCCUGGAAAGGAAUGUUCUUCUUGGUUGAGCUAGCAGGCAUUUGUGGGGAAGGACAAAGAUGUCUGCGUGUGAUGCCAAGCAAAUGGUUGCUCACAGUGGUUUCUCUCUCUCUGUUGCAUAGCGUCAGACCUGGAGAAAUCACUGCUCACUACCAUCUUUUCACACUGGCUUUUAAUUAUUUACAGAUACACAGGGCAACAAACUGAAAUUUAUUUUUUAGAAAGGAUGUACAUCCAACCAACAAGUUGCCAUUUUACUUUUUGCAGAUUAACAACAGCCUACAGGACCCAAAUUAUGAGGAUGAAUAGGAACUUAUGCACAUAGUUAUAGCCAUUAAAGUGUACAUACCUCACAAAAAGAUAUCUCUUUGCUGUUUUCUUUCUGUUUCCUGUUGUACAAAAAAUGUCACUUUUAAUUAGCAAGUUUUGAUGUGUUGGUUUCACACCAACCAAAACUUGCUAAAAUGUUUGUAUAUGGCAGGAAACAGUGUAAAGUAAACAAUACAGGGACAUCUUUUUAUGAGGUAUGUACACUUAAAUGGCUGUUUUUAUGCGUUUUACCCAUUUUAUUGAUCUUACAUGAAAUUCACAUACAUUAAUCCUUAUAAUUUGGCCAUUGUGAAUCAGAAUCCCCUUAAUGAUUAUACCUCCACUCAUGAACAGGAAGUUGGCGUUUUGAGUUUGAGGUAGGGGGUAUUAUUUUAUUUAUUUAUUUAUUCAUAUAAUUAUUAUAUUUUAUAAGAUUACAGCAAAUUUACAUUCAAUUUGAGAAAAAAAUUCAUACAGUGGAACCUCCAUUUAACAAACCUCUAUAUAACAAAGUCCUCAGUAUAACAAACUACUUUCUUCAGCCUAGCCAAAAUUACAGUAAAAUGUUUCGAACAGAACCUCGUUUUAACAAACCUCGAUUUCAUGAAAUCCACACUUAGUGAUGAGGAGACUUCAGAAAGCCUUGUUCAAGGGGGUUCCCCAUAAUUUGGUCAUAAUGAAUUGAAAUAAUAUAGGGCUAAGGGUAGCAGGAUAUAAUAGACUUAGUCAGUUUUUGUAAGAAACAAAGUCAUGAAGAUAUUUUUUAAAAUUAAAAAAGUUGUGGAACUUGAAAUAGAUAAUGGAAGGGAAUUCCAAAUUUUUUCAAGACCCAAGUAUAAAACAAUAAACUGUUUAUAUUUGUUUGACCAAAGUGUGGUCUGCAAUUUAUUACAAUUCUGGUGAUGUGUGUACCUGGACACCAGUUAUAAUAUAGGUUCAGAAAAGAAGAAGGCAUCAAAUGAUGAUGAUAGCAGAACAUAAAUUUAGCAACAUGUAACAUAGAAAUACCAAAAAUGUUUCUAAAAUCUUGAGUUUGGCAAAUAAUGAAGCAGUGUAAGAACCAUACUCUGAGUUAGAUAAAACAUGGAUGGCACUUUUUGUAAGAGAGAAAUUUUUAACAGCAGUGUAAAAUGGAGGGGGAGGGGGGGUACAUGUUUUUGUGAUGGCAAAAAGGGAAGGGGGUACAAGUUUUAUAGAUACUUCCUUUCCCCUGCAAACUGCCAGACCUUCGUGUGGCUGGAAUAACCACGUAAAAUGGCAGUCCCGUCUCCAGUAUGAGACGUAAAAACAGUGUCCUCAAUCAGUACUUUUGUACUAUUACAUUGACACUCAAAUAGAUCCAAAUAAAGUGCAUUUAUUUUAUGAAGCGCAUUUUAUUAAAUUUUUGUUUCAUUUUAAGAGACAUCUUUGUUAUAAACACUCAAAUGCCACUCAAACAAACUACAAAAUGACCUCAAUCAAAUAUAUAUUUUUUUAACCUGUGUCUUUAGGGUGGGGCUAUUGGAGCAGCUGUUUUUGGAACUCUGUUGAAUUGAGUAUCAUAGAGAAGCCAAUUUUAACCACAGAGAAAGUUGUGUUUGAUCAUGACCAGGAUUAGUUUUUUUCCUGUCUCUGUCUUUGUAAUAUUAAGUGACAAGGUAUUCCAAUCAACCGGUGCGAGGAAAGGGCUUGGGCAGAUUUUACCACAGGACUGCAUUUAAACUGAUGAGGAAGGGAGGGAUGGGGUGACAGGCCACGAGAGGAAAAAAAAGGAGGAUCUAUUUUCUAAUACCAUAUUUCCUCAAAUGAGCCCCUAAGGUGGUUAUUUAAAAUUUUGGUUAAAAGGAGAAGCACUUAUGGGAAGGAGGGUGCUUAAUCAGGGGACUUGUUUAUUAAGGUUAUCUUUCGAUGAAUUAUAACCAUAUUCUGUCUAAAUCUUUUAUCAAAAAACAAAAACUACAACAUUAUCCACAUGAACCUAAAGUUAAUAUUUAUGUCUUUCAUUUGUUAAAUCAGUUGUUGAUAGUCAAGCGUGCCAUACUCCCACAAUGCACUUUACACACAUGCAUUGGAAUGCAUGUUUAUGAAAAUACUCAUUGAUUAUCUAAUUAUCAUCAUCAAAAUUAAUAUUGAUUCUAUCAUCAGUAACUUGGAAGUAGAAACAGGUUUUCCUUGUAUCCCUACAAUUUUAAGAAAGUGAGGGGAGAGAGGAAGGGGUGCUUGUUCAAAAGGCGUGCUUGUUUGGUCAUAGGGAGGAGCUUAAGCAAAUGGAGACAUUUUGAGUGGUGCACAUCUACCAGAAGUGAGGCCUUUUCCCUUUCAACCUGCUUGACAAUAACGAAUUUUGUAUUGCUAAGUGUCUUUACUCUUCUAGAGAUGAUGUGACUGAAGGUUUGGGCAAAACCACUACCCAAGAAUGCAAAAAGUCUAUCUUGUAAUUUGUUGACAUACGUCCCUUGAAAAGCUCUUUCCUUAGGCUCCCUUUUAGGGAUGGCCUUUGUGGUGGUGCUUGUGAGAGGGUGCUAGCUUUUUAUAGCAUGGGUGCUUAUAAAAGGAAUUAAAGAAAGACAAGGAGCCAUCCUCAGGGACUCCCUCCUUGGUGGAUGGGUGUUUAUUUUUUAAAAUUUUCAUUGGAGGCGGGAGGGAGAGGGGGAUUUUGUUGCAAAACAUGAUGCCAAACCCCCAGCCUCCAUCCCCAAACAGUCCCUUAUUUUACUUUAUUUUUUUUCAGUCAUACGUUACAUUGUCUUUUCAUUUAAGUACUAUAUAUGCUGAUUUUUGGUUCAAAAUUAUACUCAUUGGCAUUUGUUCAUGUUUAUCAGCUUUCUAUCAUACACUUAUGUGUAUGUUGUGGUUCAGUUUUAUCCCUGGUUUAAUUUUUUUUUUCCUUUGUCAUACAUUACCAUACUCCAAAACAAAGGCAUAUAAUAUUUAAACCAAGGAUAAAAUUGAACCACAACAUGCACACUUACAUAUUUACAUAUGGAUUAAUUCUGCCGUUCUCCAUGCCAAGCAUCUUGAUAAUGACAAAGCUAAUUACUACUAUCGUUGUUUUCCGGCUUCUUCAGCAGUGCGCACAGAGUAAGGACCCACCUUGUGCAGCAUUAGAUCCCCAAGAAAUAGUUCUGGAGCAAUCCUUUAGCAUAUUGAGUGAAAAAAUGAUUCAGAGAUUGGAAGCAAAUUUUCACCCGCUUCACAUGCGACAACCGGUCGCAUUCUCAGAGGAAAUGCUUAGCCGGUUUACGGAAAGGUCCCCAACAGCACGACUCUAUCUUCAAGCUUUCAAGCUGGUGAAACAAGGCUUUGAAGUUCUCUACGAGAGUAACUUUAGCAAUGAAAGAGGAAUUUCCCUUAUAGCUCAUGGGUACUUGACUGAAAAUUCUAUUCUACAAGCUUUUCCAGUGAAUGACUAUUUUUUCUCUCGGGUAUUUGAACUUUGCGAGAAGAGCUUGCAAAAGAAUCCUUAG